UCUGAGCUUGCUGAGUGUCUCGAGACACUUGAUCCGCACAGUCGCGUUGUAUAGUUGCUCCGAUUAGGACGUGUGGUUCGCUCAAGCGUACGUUACAGUUACAACGACGACGCGCAAUACCUGCAUCAUGGAGUUUUCAACAUAUCGAAUAAGUUGUCUAUGGCUGCUGGGAUUAUGUCUACUGAUAUUCAAAACAGGAUACACAGAAGCGCAGGGCAAACGCGCCUCACGUAUCACCAGCUCCCGCAGCUUUGGCACCAACGUCAAGUCCACAAGCUCCAAUGGCCUCAGCUUCGACUGCCCCGAGGAGUUCGGCUACUACCCUCACCCCACGGACUGCACCCAGUACUACGUGUGUGUGUUCGGUGGGGCUCUUCUUGAGAGCUGCACCGGCGGCCUGAUGUACUCGCACGAGCUGCAGACCUGUGACUGGCCACGAAACGUAGGCUGCGAGCUGGUGGACACUUCCACGGAGCGCGGCCCCGCACGUAGCCAGAGCCAGACGCAGCAACAUCAUCAGCAGCAUGUGCCUAGCCGUGUGCGAUUUGGAUCAGCAUUUAGCAGUCCGGGUGGUGCCCCAAAGGCGCCCACAGUGGCGCCGCAGUACCACCGCUCUCCGCCACAGGUCAUACAGGCUCAGGUCCAGCACAUCCCCCCGCCUCCCCCAGAGCUACGCGUGCCACCCAAUCCGGUGGUCACGUCGCGGGGUCAGCCGAAGCCAUUGCUGGACGCGCAGGAGGACAUAGCGAAGCUAUAUGCCGAGGCGCAGGAGACACUGCCCCCCGUGGAGGAGGAAGAGUCCGAUCGUCAGCAGCGGGUGUAUCGCGGCCAACCAAGCACCGUUAGCCAGGUCCAGCGGGAUCGCGAUGGCAUCAUACAUCAGGCAAGCAUUAAUGCCAUACCCCAGAGCGGGAAGCUUGGAUCGUACGCGUUCGGCACAGCCUACAGCGAAAGCUUGGACGACGAACAGACGCCCGUAUACGAACUGUCACACAACCGACUCGAGGCACUCGAUGUGGACAGGCGACCACGCCAACGACGUGACCUCACGGGGCAGACUACGGCAGUUGCGGACACAGAAACUCAGACGCCAACAGAACCAGAACCAGAACCCAAUGUGCAAACAGAAAUGCCCAACGAUUCGAAUACGUCGAGCGAAGUUAUGGAACCUGAAAGCCUCAGCCCCAACAGCAGCUCGCUGCCCGGCAACAGUGAAUCUUCCAAUAGCUCCAAUAACUCACAGGAGUACUAUGACGAGGCGGCUCCUGCCGUACAUAAGCCACAAAAGUACUCCUCCAAGAUAAGUCAGCCACGCGACGAGAGUGGAAGUGCAGCAAUUGAAUUCGACUACGUUAAUACGGGGGAUACAGGUGAUGAAGAUAGCGAAGACGGGAACGGGAACGGGGACGAAAGCCCAGAGGAUGCGAGCACAGGGGAGUCAAAAAGACGCCCGCGUCAACUUCGUCCAGUCACACACACUUCGGCCAAAUGGCCGGGCCAGAACUACCGGGCCAUUGACGCGCCUCCUCCACCCCACCAAGGGUACCAGCAGCACCAAUCUAGCCAAGGCUAUAGUUUUGGUAGCUUCAACCCAUACCUUACGCCUCCGGCCAACCCCGGCCACACUCAGCAGCCGUACGGCAAUCACAACUACAAUCAAAUAAACUCCGGCUAUCCGGCUCAGGCCUAUCUCCACCAGCAGCAGCAGAUUUCCACUUCGAACCAACAAAAGCCCAAGGUUGUCUACACCGGCUACAAUCUUUCACUGCCUCCUCCCCCGUUGGAGGAUGACUUCCGUCCGAUUGCGGGAAACUACUUCGGAGCGCCCAAUGGGAUACCAAGCGGACCACGAACACCCCCGCCCAACCUCCAACAGCAGCAAUCCAGCCCCGGCGAUCUACUGCCGUAUUUGAUACAGCAGCUGCAGGACUUAAAGGAACGCCGCAAGAAUCUGCAAGCAGAGAACUUUGCCUAUUUUCAUCUGGACAACCAGCCAGUGACACCCGCCCCCGUUUCCGCCCCCACACCCGCCUCACCCACAGCCCAAACGCCGAUCACGUACUACUCGCACUCCCAGUUAUCAGGCGACUCGUCCAAGCCCAGCCAACACAGCCAAGUGACACCGAACGGACAGUACAGCACCAUGGGAGGUUUUUACAACAAUCAGAGUCCGGAUCAAGCGCUGUACACCCCGAACUAUCCCGGGAAACUGGUCUCCCAGUACAGCAUAGGCAGCACCACGGAGAGAAACUAUUUUCAGUACAAUGUAAUUGCAAAUCAGAAGAUGAAAGGGGUCUACAGCACAGCCAAGCCAAACCAAAUGGGACAUGCUGCGGUCAAGGUGCGCCCCCCGGUCACCCCGCUGCAGGUCACGCAGAGCAUCAACAUUGUGUCAGCGCCCAACCUGGCCUACAGCAGGCCCAACGGUCUGCAGCAGGUGCCAUUCCGCGACUUUUCUCACCUACCCGUAGGCAUAAGCUACGCGGGAAACAGCACAGUGCCAGAAUCAUAUCAGACUUUUACAAAGUCGAUAACUUCCACAGAGGCUCCGGCUCCGGCAACGGCUCCGGCUCAGGCUCCCAAUCUCCCAACGACCACCGCCAAACCCAAACUGACUAAUUUUCAGUUCAACAUCCAUGAAUUCAUGGCUAACCUAAAGUCCAGCGACUUGGCAAGCGUGAACCCGGCCAUAAACCCGCUGAUUAAGUACUUCAAGCAGGUGAGCAGCGAUGCAAACGGCCAUCUGCGCAAUGCCUUGGUUCUUCGUCGUCCAGUCCCCCCCCUUUCCGCGAGUAGCAGUGCCAGCACGACGAGCCAGAUCCCCACCACUUUGAGUACAUCUACACCAAGAACACGACCAAGAGAAAAUCCCACCAUUUCUACGCCUGCAAUUCCAACCACUCCGAGACCGCUCAAGGGCUACGAGAGCUUUAUCAAGGGGAUACAAAAUCAAAUCAACAAGCAGACCUCGACACACAGUGCGUCCCCACCAGCAACACCAACAACUCCAGCAACUCCGCGAAAAAUAAGACCCACCAUCAGGAGUAGUAGCAGCACAACGACUCUUGAGAGCGUCGACUACUAUGACGAGGACUACGAGGAAGAUGAGGAUAUACUGCCACCGUCCCACAUGCCGCCAUAUAUGCCAAUGUCCGAGACAAUGGCCCCACCACGCCCGCAACUGGCAGCCACCGCUGCGCCUGUCACUGAGUCGCCUGGAAAAAUACGUGGCAACUUUCAGACGGGAUUCCUGGAAGCCACUACUACACGGCGUCCAUUCGCAAACUUUGCGCAGCUGAACAGCAGGCCCAAUGCUGAGUCUGGUGCUGGAGUUCCGUCAUUCAUCAACUUCCCCAGCGACAUAUUCCAGGAACUAAAGCAGCGUCUCCCACAGUUGCCAGAGUCGACCACACCUAAGCCAGGUGCUUCCACUCCGCGGAGCACGCGUCCCAGCUCCACGCCAUCAGCAAUAUCGACACGGGCGCCCACAACGCGGCCCCGCACCAGAGGCCAACAAAAGUGGAUGACGAUGGCUCCAGCUCCAGCUGCAGCUGCAGCUAAGGGAGUCGAGAACAACACAGAGCGGACGAAAAACGAAAGUAGUUCAGUGUCCGGUUACUACUCCGGCAAGCAAAGCCACAGCAGCAUAGGUGGCCUCCAAUUGAACUCUAUUCACAUCGGCGGCUCAGGCUCAGGCUCAGGCGGGGACAGACACAGAGUUGAGUCAUCUUCACCGUCAUCGCUGGGGGGGGCGCCAACACCCAACGCUAAUAUCUUUGUACAGCCCACGCCACAAGCCCCAACGCCACAGCUAGAAUCCAAUCGUAACUACUACAAUGCAUCCAUAUUUAAUCACGGGGGCGGCUACCAACUAUCGCGGCAGCAACAGCAGCAGCAACAACAGCUACAGCCAACACCAUUCCAACAAGCGCAGCCGCAAUCGCAAUCGCCACAACACCAGCAGCAGGAACAGGCCCUACCAAAUCCCUAUGAUUCAUCAUAUUAUUCUGUUUACGACGACGAUAUCGAUUUAUAUAGGGACAUUGAGUAUCAACAACAACAGCAAGACCAUCAGCAACAGCAGCAGCAGCAACAGCAGCAGCAACAGCAACAGCAGCAGCAGCAAUACCAACAACCUGCUGUGCGCCACCAGCAGACUCAAUCAACAUACCGCCCAUUGGAGCUAUCGGCCACACCGACCCCUCCGCAGAAGCCGCUAUUCAGCAACCAACCGACGUUGACCUACAGCACGGACUACAAUGAGGAUAUUAACGCACAGAUCGAGCAGGAUAAUGUGUACGAUCAGCCAACGCGUUCGCCCCAAAGGCCAGACCAGGUGGCCAUCCAAAGACUGGAUGCGCGGCGAACAUCCACGAUGACACCCGCCACACCCCCCACACGUCCCGAUGUGCGCCACUACUAUGAUACGAUUACCACGCCCAAUUCGCCAGAGGACUAUGAUCUGAGCGAGGGCACUUUGAUGCAGGCGAAGACCCGCCCGGAUACGAAUUCGGGCAUAGACACCAGAGAUGAUUAUGAUUUGAUCGCAAAUGUCGUGGGUCACACACAAAGGAAGACUACACAGCCCACAACAACAUCAAAAACCACCAGUACAACAAGAACCACAUCAACUACAACUACAACUACAACACCACCCUCCACGACAACAACAUUAAUAACAACAGCAAAACCCCAAAGCUCGAAAGCGCAUGCAAAUAAAAUCUAUAAGCAACAUGCUAUAAACAAAUCAAAGACAGCCACAAACACUACACAGCCACCAACGACCAGCACAACAAUACCCCCCCCAAACCAUCCUUCGACAUAUAGUUCCAAUCCCUUUCUCAAAUCAAAGCUCCAAAGCCUAGCCAAGUCGCUGGUCAGCUUUGUCACCGACAGCCACACUCGAGGCAAAUCAAAUAAUUAUCAUCCAGCUCAGAUUCAGAACCAGAACCAGAACCAGACCCACUCCCAACCCCAAAGCCUACCCGAAGUCCAUGUCCCAGCACAAACGUAUCCCUCAGUUACCCAACCCUCAACCACGCAAUGGACUCUGGUGGAGGACGGUCCCAGCAGUCAACUGGAACAUGCGGAGACUGUCUUCGAUGAGAGUCAGAACGUCCAUGUGCAGACGGCCGAGGCACCCAGUAGCCGAUCCUUCGAGACCAGCACUUCGCCCAGGUUUCUAGAUUUCAUUAAUGCCGCCGCAUACGGCACAAGUCCGCGCGGUAAUCUGCUGCACUCGGUUCCAGACAAGCCCGUGAAGACGGCCCACAAUCAGCUGCACAAGAAAAUUCCAUAUAGGGGCGUGGAAAGAGGGUAUCCAAAUGAGCCACGUUCGACCACGCCACAGCAGCCCAGUAAGCGCAUCCAGACCUACAUCACCUCCGAUGUAGAACCACAGAGCUUCAGGUCUCCUGCAGGCGAGCCCCUCGUAUCAGUAUCAUCGAUUGAGCUAAUGGAUACCUCAAGCACCACACCAGGCACAAUGCCUAGAAAAGCGCUUCAAUAUAGCCUACAAGGUGGAUCGCACGGGUUUAGUCUUCGUGCUGAGGACAUCACCCAAAAAGAAGGUCCGAAUGUCUCCGAGGCGCUAUCUGAUCGGAAGGAGAGUCUGCCACCAAGUACAAGUAAAUCUACGAAACCCAGCGAGUCGGAUAUUGUGCCCACAACAUAUGCGCCGCCACUUCGUAUUUGGCGCAAUGGACGACCAACCAUUGAACCAUAUACCAAGGCGACAACCACGACAGCCACAUCCGCUGUAACAGCUGAUAGCUGGACCGAUAGUGUGGAAUCGAGCAGCACCUUAAGAACGACGACUACGCCGAAAGCUCAGGGGGCGCCAAGCACAGAGCGGUACAUAUCGCCGGGACAAAGUUUCACGGCUCGCGCAAACCUGUUCAAGGACUCCCUGAACCGCGUUACGGCCAACCCAGCAAUGCGUUUUGUUUCCCCAUACAAGAGUCUUGAGAACCUGUUGCAGGAGGAGCGUCAGCAUCCAAACACCAUGCUGCGGACGACAGCCAGACCGCGUUACACAAAUUCGCCAGCUUCACCGCCUUUCCUACAGACCACACAGAAACCGCCAAAGAAUCUCUUUCUUUCGGGGAUGUACCCUAGGAACACCAGUCAGGAUGUGCUUGCCACAAUGGCCACGGGUAAUGCUCGAAACUUUAGCGUCAGCGACGCCAUCUUAAGCACUUUCAGUCCCCAUCGACCGGCACAAAGUAUGCUGCGUAGCACCACCACCACCACCACCACCAGUACCACCGAGGCACCACCUCCAACACAAACGACGAACACUAUUCCAUCGACUAUAUCGGCGAUAGUGGCCUCGUCGCCCAUUCGAGUUUCCCAGGCUCCUCGCGGCCGCUCUCGCUACACAGUCGCAACACUUGAGAGCUUAUCGGAGAGCGUGGACGAGCCCACGACCUAUGCCCCUAAGUUCAGGUUACCCAGCAGCUACGAGGCCAAUCAGUAUCCAAAACGCAAGUCCCCACGCUCCCGAAUAGCCGCCAAUCAGCGGCCGUCAUCUGUCGAACCCACAGUGAAGCCUCAUGAAAAGUACGAGUCGUAUAAGGCUGCCUUACAGGCCAAGGAUUCAAUCCAUUUCGACUCUCAAAACGUACCAGCAAAGCCGUUUUCCGCGCAAGCGGUGAACGUUAAGUUACUUAAACGCAAACCAAUUGAGAAUGAGGCAAGCAUAUCGGAUGGGCCACGAGCCGAGGCGUUGAUUGGGCAGCAGCCACCAGACGCUAGGCAGCAAAAUAGUAUAGAGGAAAUGGGAACCGCAUCUGCAUCCAGCUCCACAGAGCACGUGGUAGCCAUAACAGACCGUCCCACUGUGAAGUUUCUCUACUCAAACAAAUAUCGCCAGCAAACGGCGGAAAGCACCUUAGCGGAAAGUCUCCAGAAUGCUGGGUACCUAACUACCGGCAAUGGGCGGAUCCAAAAGUUCCGUCCUGUGAACGUGCUCGAGCAACUGAAGCAAUUCCUCGCCGGCAGCGACAGCAAUAGCAACAGCGAUGAGAGUGGCUCCUCCCAAUUUGUUGAUGAAUAUUCGCUCCCAGAAAUAAAGGCAGCCGUCGAUGAAAUCAAGCAGCUCUAUGUCCCCACGAGUCGCACUACGAUCACCACUACGACUACGCUCCGUCCCACCACUACGCCUACUCCGCUUCCCACCACCCCGUCUAGACCAACAGCAAGCCUAUCCAAAGCAUACUCCUAUUCCUCCUCCACUUAUAGCAUCUUGAGCACUGAUCCCACCUCUCCAACAGUCAGAUACACCCUGAGCACCACUCCAGAUGUUAGUACUAUUAGAGCUCCCACCACCCCAACAACUGCUACCUCUACCUCUACCGCCACCGCCACUGCCACUGCUACACCCUCCUCCAUGUUUGCACCGCCAACUGCGCGCGCUUCGAGGGUUAACAAUGUCAUAAGAUCAUCGAUUGCCGCUGCUGCCGCCCAAUCGUCCAGCUCAGGGUCUCUCUCAGGCUCCUCUACCUAUCAGCAGCAAAUGCAGCCAGCGGCUGGUAAAGCUAUUAAGUUCCAAAUUGGAUUUGCUCCCAACAAUAAGAACCAGCACCAACAUCUGAACAGCAAUCACAACAGCAACAACAACAAUGCCGCCGCAGCGUCAGUGAAAUGCUCUGAUAGCACAUUGAGCGCCAAAUGCAACGAAAUCCCCUCAAGAAACAACAAUAGGAACCGGGGCGGCGCCAUUUAUGCUAAUCAGGAUCGGGACGUUGUCCCCACAGCCAACCGAGGAACGCAUCCACCACGAACACGUCCCACGCUUAAGCCGUCUGGAACAAUUGUCUCAAAGGCUCAAGAAUUUGUAGAUAUAUAUAGAUAUCCACCAACACGACCGGACCCCAUAUAUCCACAGCCCACACCCGACAAGACUGCUGCCAAGUGCCGCAAAGAUGUGUGCCUCCUCCCAGACUGUUAUUGUGGAGGCCGGGAUAUACCUGCCGAGCUUCCCGCUGAAAGCAUACCACAAAUUGUUCUUUUGACUUUCGAUGAUUCCGUGAAUGAUUUGAAUAAGCAAUUGUACACGGACCUGUUUGAGAAGGGGCGCGUCAAUCCCAACGGGUGCCCCAUCACAGCCACAUUCUACGUCUCCCACGAAUGGACUGAUUACAGCCAGGUGCAAAAUCUCUACGCCGAUGGACAUGAAAUGGCCUCCCAUACAGUUUCUCACAGCUUUGGCGAGCAGUUCUCGCAGAAAAAGUGGACGCGUGAAAUAGCUGGCCAACGGGAGAUUCUUGCGGCGUAUGGUGGCGUCAAGUUGUCGGAUGUUAGGGGCAUGAGGGCGCCUUUCCUCUCGGUCGGCGGCAACAAAAUGUAUAAAAUGUUGUAUGACUCAAACUUCACGUACGACUCAUCCAUGCCGGUCUAUGAAAACCGACCCCCUUCCUGGCCAUACACUCUGGACUACAAGAUAUUCCACGAUUGCAUGAUUCCACCCUGCCCAACCCGCUCAUACCCAGGUGUGUGGCAAGUACCCAUGGUCAUGUGGCAGGACUUGAACGGAGGACGUUGUUCGAUGGGCGACGCUUGCUCAAAUCCCAGUGAUGCGGAGGGUGUCACAAAAAUGAUUAUGAAGAACUUCGAGCGGCACUACACCACAAACAGAGCACCUUUCGGACUGUUCUACCAUGCGGCCUGGUUUACGCAGCCCCACCAUAAAGAAGGCUUCAUUAAAUUCCUCGACGCCAUUAACGCCAUGCCCGAUGUGUGGAUCCUAACCAACUGGCAGGCUCUGCAAUGGGUGCGGGAUCCAACACCCAUAUCACGCAUUAACUCUUUCCAACCAUUCCAGUGCGAUUAUUCGGACCGGCCGAAGCGCUGCAACAACCCGAAAGUUUGCAAUCUAUGGCAUAAGUCUGGCGUUCGCUACAUGAAGACUUGUCAGCCCUGCCCCGACAUCUACCCUUGGACUGGUAAGUCGGGCAUCCGAUCAUCGCGCAUCGAUAAUGAGAAUGUUGAGGAACCAGCGGCGGCGUAAGACUUCGUUUAUCAUCAACACAGCAGGCUGGAGGAACAGAAGGCACAAGUAGCUAUCUAAGACGCCGAAUUUUCGAGGCCACGACAAGGGUAGCCCAAAAUACGAAAUUCACUCGUUGAAAUGUUUUCAUUUACGUUAAUACUUUAGCUAAUUUUUUAAACGACAACAGCGAUCAUAGUUAAUUAUUUUUGGAGCAUGUAACUACAAAUUAUUUAUUCCCUCUUACAUACAUACUUGGUACAUGCUAUAUAUAGUCUGUAUAUUCCUAUAGAUUUCUACUUAUGCGUCAUGUAGUUGCACACGCAAACGCAAACCCAGCAGGACCCUUCAACAUGGUACAUGUAAAAAAAUUAGAAAUUAGAAACUGUAGACUAAUAAGGACUAAUAUUAAUAAUUUGUGCGUGCUUGGCAGCCCAUCGAGUCCUUUUCACAACGCACAAGUACUCAAAUGGCGCUUGAGGAACUACCAGCCCAGGAAGCCAGAAAGCAUGGCACGUAGUGGUUAGGCUAAUGUAUUUUCAUUUAACUUGUGAUAAAUAUUUACAGCUGAAUUUAUGUAUUAUUAGAUGUGCACAAGCCUCUUCGAAAUCAUAUCCUGUUCUAGCCUCUCUUCAAGAAUAUCGCAAUGUUUUUGUCUUUCUAUUAAGAGUGUUUUUGUCAAACUAUUGUCAAAUAAUUUGAUUAUUCCUCAUUAUUAAUCACACAUAUUUGUACCCAUUUCCUUUCGAAUUUUAUCGAUAAUGAUUUAAACAAAACAAGCAUUCACUACAUUCUACUAUUCCUAAGUAUUUAGUACCACAACCAAGAGCAGUAGUGGCAGUAUCAGACUUUUAGUGUACACGCAGAGCAAAGGAGAUAUAGCAUAUCAGCAUGCUAAGAAUAUAAAAUAUUAUUUAAGUUGUAUACCAGUAGCAUUCUGUGUAGCAUGCACAUCCUUUUGAAUUGUUAGUCUUGGUAAUGGAUAAAGAGUACGAUUCCUAUUGGAGCAUUGACUGCAAGAAGUCAAUCAGCAAAUGUAUAAAGCGAGGACUGGGAACGACUAUACAUAGAUAAGACGAAUGAUUGCCAAUACUUAGCCGCGUUCUUCAUGCAAAUCAGUUAACUGAAUCGACGUGCAAGCCAAUCGAAUGUAAGACAAUCACGUAAGGUAUAAAUAUGCGAAAGUAUUAAGGGGAUUUUAAAUGCAAUAAUUAAAACGAAAUUGAUAAGCGAUUAGGAUUGCUAUCAAACAAACGAAUAUAUAUAAUACAAAGACGUAAACAAAAUAGUAAACAUUUCGUAGCCGGGCGCAAUGUAAGAAUAUUUUUGACAAAACGAGUGAAUUAAGUAUUUUGUGCUAAUGAUUGUAAAAAGCUACACCUAUGUAUGAAAGUACGUUGCAUGUCUAUAAUAAAGAUAAAUAUUUAAA